UCCAAUGUCAAUAGAUCCCUCCUCUCUCACUUCGCUCUUUCUUUUUUUUUUUCUCCUUCGAUUCUAUUUUCACCAGGAGCCCAAACAGAUUUUAUAAUCUCUCGGAUCCACCAGCUCUCGAGAUGGAUACUAAUAAGGAUGAUGAUUUCACAUUCUCAAGGGUUGCGCCACCAGAUGAUAGUGAAGUUUCUGUAGAGGCAAAAGAUCUUGCAUCACGAGUAGACGGCAUUGCCCUUAAAGAUGGAUUACAUCCUCCUCAAACCAAGUCUCUGAACCAAGUUUCUCCUGAGGAAAAGACAGUUGGUUCUUUGUCUUUCACCGUUACUGACUCUUCCUCUUCGAAACCGUCCAAUGAAUCAUCAUCAUCUGAGAUUCUCAAAGCUAGAAAGCCUAUAACUCGUACAAAAGUCCCAUUCGAAAAAGGUUACAGCCAAAUGGAUUGGCUCAAACUCACACGAACGCAUCCCGAUCUCGCAGGCCUGAAGGGAGAGUCGAACAGGAGGCUUAUAUCGAUGGAUGAAGUUAAGAAGCACAACAAGUCAGGAGGAGACUCGAUGUGGACUGUUUUGAAAGGCCGCGUGUACAACAUAUCGCCUUAUAUGAAUUUUCAUCCCGGAGGCGUGGAUAUGCUGAUGAAAGCCGUGGGAAGAGACGGUACGUUCUUGUUCAACAAGUACCACGCUUGGGUCAGUUACGAUAUCUUGCUUGAGAAAUGCCUUGUUGGUGUUUUGGAUGAUGCCAAACCCAAGAAGCCAGAAGCGUAAUUGGCUUAUUUAUCAUAUACUCGUAUUAUAGAAUUAUUCUUCCAGUCGAAUAAGACAAUUUUUGAGUGUUUGAUUCUUCAAAUGAAAACACUCUGAUCACGAUUAUGUACUUGUCAUUAGACUUUUACACGACUCUUUGAUGUUAAUAUAUGUUACAGGUUUCCAGAAUGA